GCAAGUGACAGUGGACUCCAUUCAAAUUUCUUUCACACGAUCAUUUCAAUGAUCGGUGCAGCUUUUGUUGACAUCUUCUUUUUCACGUUUACAACAAUUAGAACAAUGAAUGCGAAAGAGGAUUAAAGAAAGGUGACAUAAGAAUACUGUCAUGACUCAUGUUCCUUGGCUGCGAGUGGUGAGGAGGAGAAAAGCCAAGUUGUUUUGCUCUUCUCUCUUCCUCUCUCUCUAUAUAAUUAAAUGUUCUCCUUCAUUUGUUGUUAGAAGAAUUAAAGAGAGAGUACGUGACAAUCUUGUGUUGUGUUUCUCUGUGUUUGGUUUCUCCCGUUAAUAUAAAACUCUCCACAUCUUACCAGCCUUUUUGUAUUGCAUCCAUUCUAUUUGGAGGUUGGUUUUGUUUUCAAGAAAUGGCUGAAGAGUAUGCAGAAUGCUUGCUGGAGAAUAAAUUCCAUGAGAACUGCCCUGGCUGCAAGGUUGACCAGAUGAAGAGGCUUCGCCGUGGCUUCCCUUUCUCCGAGCUUCUCACCGUUUGGCUCAUCGUCCUCUGCACCGCUCUGCCUAUUUCCUCUCUUUUCCCAUUUCUUUACUUUAUGAUUGGUGAUUUUAACAUAGCAAAGAAAGAAGAGGACAUUGGGUUCUAUGCUGGAUUUGUUGGUUGCUCUUUCAUGCUCGGACGAACAUUGACAUCUGUCAUCUGCGGCAUUGUGGCUGACCGUUAUGGAAGAAAACCUGUAAUCCUCAUAGGAACUGCUUCAGUGGUCAUUUUCAACACUCUAUUCGGCCUAAGUGUAAAUUUCUGGAUGGCCAUCAUCACAAGGUUUUGCCUAGGUAGUUUCAACGGUCUACUUGGUCCUAUAAAGGCUUACGCAAUGGAAACAGUCCGUGAUGAAUAUCAAGGUUUGGCACUCUCAGCGGUUAGUACAACAUGGGGCAUUGGACUCAUCAUUGGUCCUGCUAUGGGAGGCUUUCUUGCUCAGCCUGCUAAGCAAUAUCCAAGUUUAUUCUCAGAAAAUUCAGUUUUUGGGAAGUUUCCCUACUUGUUGCCGUGCUUAGCAAUAUCUUGCUUUGCACUUCUGGUUACCAUAAUUUCAUUGCGGAUUCCGGAAACAUUGCACAAUCACAAGAUUGAUGAUGAUGCAUUAUCACCUGAUGAGUCUUUUGAUGCUCACAAAGCUUUGUCUCAUGACCCUGAAUCUCAUAAAACGACAGAGAGAAAUGAGAAAAGCUCUCUUUUAAAGAACUGGCCACUAAUUUCAUCUAUUAUCGUCUACUGCAUCUUUUCACUUCAUGAUAUGGCUUACACAGAGAUCUUUUCAUUGUGGGCAAACAGCCCCAGGAAAUAUGGAGGCUUGGGAUACUCCUCUGCCGAUGUUGGUUCUGUUCUUGCAAUUUCAGGGUUUGGUCUCCUUAUCUUUCAGCUUUCGCUCUACUCUUACGCGGACGACUGCCACAGGGUUACUCUGUUGAUAGGACAAGCCAUUACUAGAGGCUUUGUUUGCUGAGGACGACUGCAGAGAAUGAUCUGAGCUGGUGAUAUUUUCCACUGUUAUUGGGUCUGAAAAAGUGGAGAGAUCUUCUAGGAUAUUGGGAACUCCAGUAGGUGGUAAAGUACCAAAUUGAAUAGAAGGAGGAUAACCUGAAGAUGUUUCUUUGUUUUAAGAGGCAUAAGACUAAGAAGAGUUAUUGGUUUCACCCGUUGCAGGUUAUCUGAAGCAUUGUGCUCUAUAAGAGGAACUACGGUUGACGACGAGCUGUGUUGAACGGAACAAGUUUGAAGCUUUUCAUUCUUAUUUCUUGCUUAAAGAUUCUUUUACAACUUGAGAUGUCUAUUUAUAUUGAAAUCUCGAAACCCUAGUGAAUUGCCUCGCUGUCCAUUAGGUCUUCAUAUCUUCAUUGGAUUCUAGCAGCUGAAA